AUGAAGUUCUCUACCCUCGCUUUUAUUGCUAGCACCGCUAUUGCCGCCGAGACUGUCAACCUCCAAGUCGUUUCUGACAACGGAGACCUCAACGGUAAGGGUAUUCAAUGGCUUCACGAGGGCGCCGGUUUUGCUUACUUUAAGGUGAUCGACCAACUUGGCCAGGAAUUCCAAUACGAUGCUGACCACAAGUUGCUCUACCAGCCAGAGCAACAAUACCCAGCUAAUGUUGGUGAAAUGUUUGAUUUUCUUGCAGUCGGCAUCUCUGUCACUCCCAGCAAUGUUACAUUCAACGAAAAAGGUGAGCUCGACAUCGGUAAGCAGAUUUACGCUUGUAAGAAUGUGAAUGACCCAUACCACUACUUUGAUUCUAGCUACGGUCUUCUCCUCGAUGCUCCAAACGAAAGCUGUGUCAAGGUUGCCCUCAAGAAGAUUGGCGGUACACAAUCACCAUCGCCUUCUCCAAAGCCAUCUGCCUCUAUUACUCAUGGCUGGAACACAACUGUGACUGAUGAUGUUACUGUGACUGGCUACACCACCUACUGCCCUAUCCCAACAACCAUCACCAUCACCACCUGUGUUCAGCAGACUUGCGGCCCUAAGACAAUCACCGUCGAUGAGCCAAAGACCGUUACCGUUACUGAGGAGUGUAUCAUUCCUUCCACCACCCCAGUCAAGCCAACCUCGUCUGGGGUCACCUCCGCUCCACAACCCACUACCCCAACCACUAUUGCUGCUCCAUCCACUUCUUCUAAGGCUUCACUGGCUGUUGUCUCCUCCUACGAGGGUGGUGCCGCCAAGAACGCUGCUGGUAUCGCAGCUGGUGUCGCUGGUGUUGCUGCUAUGUUGAUCUAA